CGCGCCCGCACUCCCUGCGCCCCCUCCUCCCGCGCCCGCACCCCCGCGCGGGGUGCCCCCUGACGGCCGCCGGACAUGGCCGCCUCCCUUUUGGUGCGGGAGCCUCGACUUCCCCUUUCUCCCAGGGCCCUCCUGCGUGCGUGGGGAGUCCUGGACUCCUGGGCUGCGCCCUGUUCCGUAGGCCAGGGGACCCCAGCUGAGUUCCCCCAGCCCUCGGUGGAGUCACAGCCACGCGGCGGGGCUGUGGGGCUCCUGGAGAGUGGGGAGGCGUGUGCUCCUGACCGGGUUCCUAGGGCUGAGACAUGGGGACGCCCCCACCCUCGCCCAUCGCUGCCACCACCAACACCCCACCCCCACCAAACAGCCCAAUCCUUUACCUGACCCCUGACCCACACACACACACUGCCACUGACUGGCUCUGCCUCCUCCUUUCCACUUUCCCCAGAAUCUUCCGAUUGUCCACUGAUCAGCGAGCCCCCCCCCCAAGCAAAACACCCACUGUGGGGGGCUCUGACUCUGGGCUCCCCAGCGAGGGGAACUUCUCCCUCCUGCUAAUGAGCUGCUUACCUUCCUCCUGCUCUUUGCCAAAGCCCCUGGUGGCUGUAAAAGAGAGGAGGGUCUCAGGAGAGGCCAGGGCGGAGGGGAGGCUCACACAGCCGGGGGUCGCCGGCAUCUGCGUUUAUAAAAGCUCUUUGGGGCCCCACAGCUUGGGUGCUCUUGUCCUGUUUUGCAGGCCCAGGGAGGGGAGGCUGGGAUGGGACACACAGCGAGUGGCUGGUCUGAGGCAUGGGCCGAGUCCUUCCUUUCUGUCCCAUGGUCCUGGGGGUGCCCAGGCCUUCAGCUCCUGCCUCUCCCGUGCUCCCCAGACCCCCAGCCCUGAGCCGGCCUCCUCAAGGCUCUGUCUGCAGCCCCUUCCCACAGCACCUCUGGGGGCUCACCCAGUGCGGCCAAGCAGAGCAGUGGAAGGAGCCUCAUGCCCCUGCCAGUGGGGGACCGUCUGCUCAGGCGGUAACCCCUCGCAGCUCUCCCUGCCCCAGCGUGUCCUCUGCACUGCCGGCCAAGCGGGCACCUCAGCGCGUGGCUCCCUGGCACCGUCACCCUGCCUCUAGCAUGCACGGAAGGCACACUGGUUCUGCCUUCCCUCUGAGUGUCCCCGUGCACCCCACAUUCCAGCACCCUAGGCCUCAUGGACUCCCGGGUUCCACAGACCGUGUCCACACCUCGGUUCAGGCCGCCCCCUCUCCUGGGCUGCCCUCCCUGCUGCCCUCAUCUCCUGCCUCAGCCCCCCUCCUCCACGGCUCCCUCCUGCCGGAAGUGACUGCUCGUCUUCCGAGGCCUCUGCUCGUCUUUCCGGGUGCUCCUGAUCACGUGGGGUCUCUGCCCCAUUCCCAUUUCCAACUCAGCUCCUUUAGGCCAGCGACACGCAAGAAGACUUGCUUGGUUGUGCCCCUGCCAGACACCCACGGGAGCACCUAACAAGUCCCCACAACCGUGCUGAGGAGGGUGGCCUCAUCCGCGUUCUUGCCGAGUAAAUGGCCCGGAGUUCGAGGAUAUCCCCCAGGUCUCUAAGCUCGCCUCCCUCCCAGCUCCAAGCUGUUUUUGCACAUGGCAGUUUCUCCAUAAAUGUGUGAUGAAUGGAAGCAAGAAAGAAGGGACCUUCCUUCAGUGCAGUCUCACAGCUGACCCACCACCAGCAUCACCCAGGGGCUCCUUAAAACAUAGUGGCUAAAAAAAAACACACAAAAAACAAACAAAACAACAACAAAAAACUGUGGUGGCUGGCUUGAUUCUUGAA